AUGCUCUUUCAUCGGCUAAUUCCUGUUUUCGCUGCGGCCGCUCAGGCACUGCCGCAGCCACCUUCGGCCCACUGUCGGGAUAUCCAAAUCCCAAUUACUGUCUCGACGCCUCGCUUCAUUGUGACGGCAUCUCUCAAGGAUGAUUGGGAUGUAGCUGCUCUGACUCUCAACCUCACCCGUCGAGAUUCAGGACACUCGGCCGAUCCUCUUCCCAUCAACGGGAAAACAUCUGCUUCUGUGAAGAGCACUUACACCGUGGGAGCUACGUUGUGCGGCAAUGGAGGCCCCACAUUGGUGCUCACACACGGUAUUAUUGAGUCCAAGCUUUACUGGAACCCAAGUUUCCCAGGAAGUAAACAGUACAACUUCAUCGAUGCUGCCGUUGCUGCGGGCUAUUCAGUUCUUAGCUACGACCGCAUUGGCGUUGGCUCAUCGCCAAAGGUCAACUCGUUGACAGACGCGCAAUUCCAAGUUGAGGUCGCCGUGCUGGAGGGCCUCGUCAACUACGCCAAGACCAAAGCCCAUGCUACCAAAGUCGUCCUCGUCGGCCAUAGCUACGGCUCCUACAUUUCCUCUGCAGCGGCCUCAAAUGUUGCCGUCGAUGGCCUCGUCCUGACCGGCUUCAGCGGAACCUUUGACUACUUCCCUCCCUUUGUCGCCGGAGCUAGCCUUCGCGUUGCCCGAACUCAAAACCCUCUGCGCUGGGGAAAGCUCGAUUCAGGAUACCUGACUACCGCGGAUUUAUACGCCGAGACUUAUGUGUACUAUGCUGCUCCCUACUUUGAGCACAGCGUUGCCGAGUACACCUUCAAUGUUGGCAGCCAGCCCUUUGCUGUGGGCGAACUCCCGUCGCUCCUCGCCACGACUAUCCAUUACGAGAACAUCAAGGCGCCGGUUUACGUUCUCCAGGGCCAGUUUGACGUUUCCGCUUGUGGUGGAAACUGCGUUGGCGUGGUGAACAACACAAAGACCAUUUUCACAGGCAGCAAGGCGCUUGAAUACGUGGAGGAUUUGCCUGCCGGACAUAACCUCAACUUCCACAAGGUUGCUCCUCAGGCAUUCCAGAAGAUCUUUUCCUUCUUGAGCAAGCACGGAGUGAAGCCUUAA